CUCCUUCCGGUGUCCUUCCCGGCGGGGGUGGCGGCGGGGCGGCCAUGGCGCAGAACCUGAAGGACCUGGCGGGGCGGCUGCCGACCGGGCCCCGCGGCGUCGGCACCGCGCUCAAGCUGCUGCUGGGCGCCGGCGCCCUGGCCUACGGCGUGCGAGAGUCCGUCUUCAUUGUGGAGGGCGGCCAGCGCGCCAUCUUCUUCAACCGCAUCGGCGGCGUGCAGCAAGACACUAUCCUGGCCGAGGGGCUGCACUUCAGGAUCCCCUGGUUCCAGUAUCCCAUCAUCUACGACAUCCGAGCGCGGCCGCGGAAAAUCUCCUCCCCCACCGGUUCCAAAGACCUGCAGAUGGUGAACAUCUCUCUGCGCGUGCUGACGCGGCCCAACGCGGCCGAGCUGCCCAGCAUGUACCAGCGCCUGGGGCUGGACUACGAGGAGCGCGUCCUGCCCUCCAUCGUCAACGAGGUGCUCAAGAGCGUCGUGGCCAAGUUCAACGCCUCGCAGCUCAUCACACAGAGAGCACAGGUGUCUCUGCUCAUUAGGCGAGAACUGACAGAGAGAGCCAAGGACUUCAGCCUCAUCCUGGAUGAUGUGGCUAUCACAGAGCUUAGUUUCAGUCGUGAAUACACAGCAGCUGUGGAGGCUAAGCAAGUGGCCCAGCAGGAGGCACAGCGCGCCCAGUUCCUGGUGGAGAAGGCCAAGCAGGAGCAGAAGCAGAAGAUAGUUCAGGCCGAGGGGGAAGCGACAGCUGCCAAGAUGCUCGGGGAAGCUCUCAGCAGGAAUCCAGGCUACAUCAAGCUACGUAAGAUCCGAGCUGCUCAAAACAUCUCAAAAACGAUUGCUGCCUCACAAAAUCGUGUGUAUCUCACAGCAGAUAACUUGGUACUGAACCUGCAGGAUGAGGGCUUCACCAGAGGAAGUGACAGUCUCCUACUCAAAGGGAAGAAGUGAAAGAAGCUGAAGAUUCCUAGAACCAGCGUCACUGACCAGCAGAAGAGAAGAGUGAGGAUCUUUGAACUCCCUCCACUAGUAUUGUUUGUCCUCACUAUGAAGUUUUUAAUCCAGUAGCCAGAUUUGGUCCCCAUGCCCCUGCUCCAUCUGUGGUGAUUCAGUUGCAGGAAUGGGCUGUCCCUCUAGGCAGCUGUAAUUCCUUCCUCAUCCCACCAGUUAAAUUUGGAGAGGGGGCAAAGGGGCUUACUGGUAUUAACCCAUGUGGAUGUAGUAAUUUGCCUCUAAUCCUCAUUAAUAUUUAGAUUUCUGUAGGAUGUCAAAUUCUUUUUUGGCCAAGUGGGGGAGUUCUUCUGCCAUCAGCACCAGGCUUUUUUUUUUUUUUUUUUUUUUUUUUUUUUCUUUUUUUUUUUGUAGUAAAUUUUGUUUCUCUUUCACUCUUGAUCCCAAGAGAACCUGGGACUGAAUUCAGGACAAUGCCAUUCAUUGGGUGCCUGUCACUGCUGGAAUAUCUUACUUGUGUCACUGUCUGCUCAGUGACGCUUUCAAGUAUUUGUAAAAAUUAAAAAAACAAACCAAUCAAAUUUA